CUGCCACGACACUAGCCAAUCAAGCUACCCUUCAAGUAGAAUUAUGUCCCCCUGAUUUUUAACACCCUGAUUCCCGUUUUGGUGACAUUCACAUUCUGCAAAAACCAACAACCUGCGCAUUUCUACCAGUAGGUCAACAAACAUCUGCACAUCAUUACUACCGCAUAUACCCUUAUUUCUACCAAAUAAUUCCAUUCUCAGUGUAAAGAAGAAAGAAUGCCUUCGACCAUGUCUUCUACCCAUUUUUCAUUUCCAAUGAAUACUUUGAAAGAACGCGACUUCUUUUCUAUUUUCGGAAAAAUGUACAAAUUCUUUUGAUCAUUUUCAGAUGCAAAAAUUAGGCCCUGAAGCAGCUCCGGGUUUGGUUUCCAGUGAAGAUCUUCCCUUGCCUCCGUGCAGCACAACGACGCAAGCAGGAACAGUUUUUGCGGAAGAACAUAGGAGGCACCGAGACGUAGAAGUACACGAGGGCACCAUCACGACCCAGCUACUACCCCCGAGUUUAAGUGCCCUACCACAGCACCCGACCACUGAGACCGAAGGAGCAACCAGCCUUGUCCCAUCUUUUGUCGUGGUCGACAGCCCGUGUCUUCCUCGUCCAAUAUGUUCCUCAGCAAGGAUCUGUUUGAAGAUGACGUAAAGCCUCUUAGUGGACAGGUACCAUUUUCAUCGGUUCUGCUGCAUCGAAAUGAGACAGAAAACUGGUGGUGGCUAGAAUUCUGUUCUUGCUGAUCCUGAAUGGAAAUCCUUGAACUUAUGCAACAUCGAAUAAAAUAAAAUAAAACAAAAGCAAAACAUCUUUAGCGCUACAAUCGAGAGAAUAGCGAGGGUAUUAAUAUUAUGAAUUUUCAUCAUGAUCAGGAACACAACUUCCAGCUUGACCAGAAAAACGUGUACAGAGAGGGAGAGCAGCAGGGUUAUGCCUAUAACAUUGAGGACUACCAGAGCAAGGAUCCAUAUAUUGCAAGAGCGAACUGGAACUUCAUUGAGAGAAGUCUACCGACAACCGCCAGUACUGAGAACGGUGAGGACCAACGGCCGGUGCCAAAUAACUCCGACGAGUUGAUCCGCGGUGUAUCGUCCGACGAGGUUCUCACCCCGGACGAGCAAUUUCGGAAGCUGAUGCUGAUCUCGGAUUACAGGGAUAAAGAGAACGUCUUUCCGCCCGCCCCACGCCCACUGACUGCGCCGGUAGUCCUCACAGGUGAGACGGCCAUGAGCGUCGUGGAUGUGGGGGCGCGAAACGACAAGAAGGGUGGGGCUUCAACAAUUCCGAUCAGGCACCAUAGGAAGACAAAAAUUUUGGCGGACCACAGUGGACGCUCUACAACUCCGCGACAGGAAGAUCGUUCUAGAAACUCCGCUUUUCUCUUCGUGGGCGAGCAGCAAGACACAGAUCUGGAUUUGGACAAUGCUUUGAACAAUGAACUCGCGAAAUUGGAUCGGGAUUUCGACAAAGCCACGCGACAGAGGGAGCUGCAACGACAGGCGAAAAAUAACAAGUUGGGAAACAACAGUAGUAAAAAUGGAAAUGCGAUCAAUCCCCGUGCCGCGGCGCCGCGCUGGCGCGCCGCGGAAGCACGAGAGCGGGUGAGGGCAGGAAUUAUGAAUGAGUCUUCAACAGCUGCAACAUCGCCUCAGAGGGAGGAAAUAGAGAGCCAAAGUGGUGCCAUAGUGGUACCAAAAAGCAGAGAGCGACGGCGAAGCCAAUACGAUUCGCUGCGAGGACCAGGCUCCGCGUCUGGGAACGAUCGUGGAAGGCCAACGUCGGCAGGAGGGCGCAUGACACCGAGAAUCCAGGGCCCCUCGCCUGAAUACUACCGAGAGCUAAUGGGAGUGGAUAUGCAGCAGACGGGAUCGGGAAUGCUGAAUACAGAGCCUAUCAUAAACUACGCGCAGAUGGAUAUGGAUGAAAUGGAAAUGGACCCGGACCCGCCACAUGACCAAGAACAUCAUAUCUUCACUUACCAGGAAAAUGAUAUAAUUGUUAGUGAAGGCCAACAAGGAGCACCCAUACUCGAGCUUCAGCUCGCAGAAGAGAUAGAAGAGGCUCGACGACAGCAGCUGUUGCAGUCGAAUGCAGGAAUAUACUCUUCGCCGUAUGCGAAUUAUUCAAGCAAUAGUGGCCCAGCACAGGUUCCAGCAUCGAGCGGAGCCGGAGGCGCGGGCGUCUCGUCGUCCGUGGGUUUACCACAGUAUGCGGGCGGCGGCUCGGUCGGCAGUACCAGCUACCGCGGGGAUGGGGAGGAUGCGAUGACGAGGCAGCAGAAGCUGCAGCAGCAGCGGGCAAUGAUGCAGCGCAAGAUGGGCGGAGGCGGAGCGGUCACGCAAAGCUAUGGGCUGGUAAUGAUUUGAUACUGAUACACCGGCUUUUACAGUAGUUUUUAUGUGCAGUUUCUUUCACUUGGCACCACUCGUCUCACUUUUUUAUUUUUGAUAAUAUCCACAGAUCCGUUCGAACCAAGGAUUCGGUGGGAAUCAAGGGUUGAGUCCAGAAGAGCCAUCACAACCGAGGCGAAAAAGUACAGCAGAUCUCUUCGAGGUACCGGAACCAACGAGGCCCAGUUUUAGUGAGGUAUAUUGAGUUCUUUGUCGUGUCGUUGAACUGCAUCUAUCAUAUGUGCCGUGCAGCAGCUUUUUCUGCAUUGCACGUUUUGAAUUUUUUGCACAUUUUUUCCGUCGUGGGGUGGCUGGUUUUAUCUAUAUCACUCCCUUGCACUAGCAAGAAAGAACAUCAGAAGAACACUAACACUUCAAGAACUCGGUGGUUUUUAUUUACCCAGGACCCACCAGCACCACCCCCGGACCCGAGCACAGCCGGAACAACAUCAUCCACCUUCGACAAUAACGCCUCUGGUGCUCCCGCCGCUGCCACGAUUCUGUCCUCCGCACCCAGUUGCGAAGUAGAGGUCGACACCACUUCCGAUGUAAUCUCCGAAGCGGGUAGUGACUUUAACGAGAUGAAUCCGCAGUUUCACGGCGGUAACAGCGACGCGCCCGUCGCCAUUGAUGAUACGGAGCUCCCGGUGGUGGAAGCCGUAUCCCCCGUGCAGCUGCAGAACGACCAUCUCUCACCAAAACACACGGAGUACCAGCUGCAAUCGAGAGGUAUUUGAUCUUCUUCUUGACGGAAUGUGUGAAUUUGUGAUGGUAUGUAUGGCAUUAGCAUGAUUACAUUACAAAUGAAAUUUGUAUUGCGGAUUUACCUUGAUCGGACUAGACUUGUAAUGCAUAAACGUAAAACUACGAUAAGGUCUCGCUAGUGUGUUCGACCCGUGCGCGUCCACCAACACGCAAAGCGGGAGCUUGUAUAGCGGCGGCGGCAACCCCAUGGGGGACCCGCUCGCAAACUCCCUGUCCCUCGGCGCAAGGAGAUUUUUGCCCUCGAUGAUCGGGCCGAGCUUGCCCCAGUUCCUGAUGAACAGACUGCCACGGGGAGUUUUGAUGGAGUGCUACGUGACGCGAUCUGGAGGUUUAGCGAGCAAGUUUUAUCCGAAGUACAAGAUGUUUACGGAGCAGGGGGCGUUUUUCCUCAUGUCUUCCCAGAAACGAAAGAAGAACAAGACAAGUACUGAUUGGAAUUUCAAUUUGAUAUUUUGUUGACGCUGCAGUGCCUAAAAUGUCAAUGCACAUGUGUACACGGCGGGAUGAACUACUGUGCUGUAUGACAAAUAUGUACAACACAAUCACAAACAGGCUCGAAAGAUAAACGAAACAAAAAAAUAUCUUUCAGGUAACUACUGCAUUUCCAUGGGCGAGAACGACCUAAAUCCGCAGGGUGUGAACUGUUUGGGAAAGUUACGAAGCAACUUCAUGGGCAGCGAGUUCGUGGCUUACUCAAACGGCCUAAACCCAAACAAGGGCGGCAACCGCAGGCCAGAAGAUUACAGGGAAGAACUCUGUGCCAUUACCUACAGCAGCACCAUAUGGGGUAUAGGACUUGUUUUCCGGCGUUGUAAGCUCCUUGAUUUUUUCAUCGGAAUUAUGGCGUGACAAAAGAUAAAGAUUUGGUGUUGAAUGACAGCCCUUUCCAGCAUGAUCUACUACUUCCACAUGAAGUGUAUCAACACAUACCGAGCGUAUUAGAGCUCCGGACCUACUAACACGGUUUACCGCAUUUAUAUUUUUCUUCCACUUCAUCCACAUGAUGUCUUCGUAGACCUAGACCAGAGGAGUGAAGAGAAAACAAGCUACGAGCGAUUUACUUCAUGAUCAACAUGUUGUCGAUUUUUUUCUUUUUCUCAAAAAGGACGGCUAUCCGUUACAGGGAAAAAACCGCGUGGGCCGCGCCAGAUGAACGUGAUCAUUCCCAUAUCCUGAGUAAAAACGUACCCACACCAUAGUCAAGAUGGGGAAUCGGCUAGACAAAUCCACAAGUUUUGGCUGUUUUGCAUCACAAAUUUGGAUUCGUAGUGUAGUGCUGUUUGAGCUAGCUCAGCAGCAUCACAGACCUAGCAUACCAUGCUGAUUGGAGCAUGACAAAUUGCAAAACACGACUAGAAACUGCUUCUCGUGGGGCUCCGCAUGAGAAACAUUUUCAGCAUGCAGAUUUGCAUUACAACUAUGGUGUGGGUACGUUUUUACAUAGGAUAUCCCAAGUUGCGCCAGCCCGACGACCAACCCAUCGUGUGCCGGCCACUGCUAUCAAAAGUAAAAGUGUCUGGGUCUGGAAACUUGUGAUGCUGGGUGGAGUCUCAUGAUGAGGCUACAGAUGCUGGCUCAGCAUGACAAGUUUCUGAGCUCCUAGGUGUUGCCUAUUCUGCAUGACAAACUGCGCUUCUGCAUCACAGAAAAGCGGAGCUCUUGGGUAACGUGCAUGACAGAUUUAAGAGUCAUGCCAGACAAGCAUGACAAACAUGAAUUCUUCCAGACCCAGACAUUUUUACAGUUGAUAACUGCAUGCGAACGACGCCGGAUUGCUUUCUGCUGCGAAGUCGUUUGGGGUCGUACCCGGGGGUGGAAGUAGUUCAUCUUCAAACGGCGCUCCCUCCGCUCCGCCUAGUGGCACGAACGGGUUCCAGCCGAAUACCACCGCACAGGGGAACGUCAUGAUGCAACCCAACGGCGCCAUGCAGCAUCUUUCAGGAGUAGACGGCGGGAUGAGUAGUUCCGCUCACCAUAGUUACAACAACGCGAACAACCCGUUACAGCAACUACACCAAGCCCCUAUCGACGUGUACCAAAACAAAGCGCCGAAGUGGAACGACCAGCUUGGGGCCUUCGUGUUGAACUUCAACAAGCGCGUGACGCAGGCCUCGGUGAAAAACUUCCAGUUGGUUUCCGCCCACGACCCGGACACGGUUUUAUUGCAGUUUGGCCGCGUGGGAAAGGACACGUUCAACAUGGACUUCCGGUACCCACUGAGCCCCUAUCAGGCGUUCGCGAUUGUCCUCUCCAGCUUCGAUUACAAGUUGUGCUGCGAGUAGAAGAAGCAGGACGAAUAUUUUGGACAAAAGCGGCCUGUCGAUGCUCAGUGUAAGUGUUGAUGUGUGAGUGCAGCUCGCGGUGCUUGCGGCAAACCAACGGGAAUAAACAACUGGGGUAUCUUCAGAUGCGACGUUUACGAGGAACUCCCCGACCUCGUCACCGACGUCGUUUUUAAUAUGGGCGUGAGUUUUGUAACAGUGAAAAGUAAAAGAUUAAAACCAGUGUAGCAGCGCUUGUCAAAAAAUAAACCAGGCAUGACUAUCGGUUCCACGGACAAGAAAAAAAAAAUGAGCCAAUCGAAGGUAGAUAGAUCAAUCGAAUAAUAUAUGCAGACAGCACAUAAUCAUGGGCAAUGGCAAUCGCGUAUCGACGAUCAAUGGUAAUGGCACAAAACACCAAGAGCAACAGAGAACAAGGCAGAGCCGGUAGUUCUCGCAGUAGG